AUGUCUUUGUGGGACAAUCUCAUCGGGCUUGACGAGGACCUUCCUACGGCUGACACCAAACACGAUGUCUACCCCUACAUCUCCCCCGAGCCUGACUUCAAGUCCCAAUCCUACGCCGGCAAGGUUGUCCUCAUUACCGGCGCCUCCCGCGGUAUCGGCUCGCAGACUGCCAUCACUUUCGCCAAGGCCGGCGCUUCAGUCGUGCUUAUUGCGCGCAAGCAAGCGACGCUCGACGAGAGCAAGGACGCGAUUCUGAAGGAGAAGCCCGACGCUCAGAUUCUGACAUUCCCUGCGGAUGUGGUCGAUUCUGCCAAGGCGAAGGAGGCGAUUGCUGCGACGAUUGAACGCUUUGGCAAGCUUGAUGUCGUGAUCGCCAAUGCGGGUGUGUUCAGGAGCACAGGAGGCAAAGGCUUCGCAGACGCCGAUGCUGAUACUUGGUGGAAUACCUUCGAAAUCAACUUCCGCGGCGUGUACAACUAUCUACACUAUUCCAUUCCCGAGCUCAAGAAGACGAAGGGCACUUUUAUAACCACCACAAGCCGCAUCGCGCUCCUCCGCCUACGCACUGCGAGCGAUUACGCGGUCUCCAAGCUCGCUUCGAACAGGAUGAUUGAGUUUGCCGUCGUCGAGUAUCCUGAGAUCAAGGCGUACGCGGUCCACCCCGGCGUGGUCGCCACGGAGAUGAACCGCAACGCGGACAGCGGCGCCGACAUUCCCGCGGCGGACAGUGUUGAGCUCCCUGCGGCUGUGUAUCUUCAUCUUGCAAGCGGCAAGGCCGAGUAUCUUAGCGGAAGGUAUGUGUCGGUAAACUGGGACUUGGAAGAGAUCGAGAAGAAAUACAAGGACAAGAUCGUCGCCGAUAACGCGCUUGUCGGGAAGCUCGCUCUCCCAGCAUAG